GAAACCUAAACUCCUUCUUUUUCCGAUGAUAUUUUGUGAAAUUAUUUGAAUUUACUAUACUGGGUUUGUAAUCUUUUUGCCUCUAUAGCAUCAAGAAACUCUCAAUUUCGAUUUUUUUCCUUAAAGAAUGAUGAACUGUGUCAAAGUAAGCUCCUUUAUACAUGCUAUUCGUUUCUUUAAAAGAUUUUGUCACUUUGAGUCCAAAUCCCAUCUGGGUUUUGGUUCUUUAGACUCACCAAUUAGAGCUAGUGUUGGAAUUUUCUGGGAUUUGGAUAACAAACCACCUAAGUCAUUUCCACCAUUUGAUGCUGCCACUAAGCUCAAAAAGGCAGCUGGACAAUUUGGGGUUGUGAGAUUUACAGUAGCUUAUGCGAAUCGACACGCCUUUAGUUAUGUUCCUCCUUUAGUUAGGCAGCAAAGAAAAGAGCGGAAAACAUUGAAUUUGUUGGAGAAAAGUGGGGUUGUUAAGGUUGAGGAUCCUUAUAUAUGUAGAGUGUGUGGGAGGAGAUUUUAUACUAAUGAGAAGCUUGUGAAUCAUUUUAAGCAAAUUCACGAACGUGAGCAGACGAAAAGGUUGAAUCAGAUUGAGUCUGCUAGAGGGAAAAUGAGGGUGAAGUUGGUAGCUAAGUAUGCGAUGAAGAUGGAUAAGUAUAAGGGUGCUGUUAGGGAUGUUUUGACCCCGAAAGUUGGGUAUGGUUUGGCGGAUGAUUUGAAACGGGCAGGUUUUUGGGUUAGGACUGUGUCGGAUAAGCCACAGGCUGCUGAUAUCGCGUUGAGGAAUCAUUUGGUUGAUGUAAUGGAUAAGAGGAUGGUGGAUUAUGUGGUUCUUGUGUCUGAUGAUUCUGAUUUUGUGGAAGUGUUGAAGGAGGCACGGUUGAGGUGUUUGAAGACGGUGGUUGUUGGUGAUAGUAAUGAUGGUGCUCUUAAGAGGACAGCGGAUGCUGCUUUCUCGUGGCAAGAGAUUAUGAUGGGAAAGGCCAAGAAAGAAGCUGUCUCUGUUGUUGGACGGUGGAAGGACCGAGAUGUUUUGAAAAGAUUGGAGUGGACAUAUGAUCCUGAAGUAGAGAAAAAGUUGUAUUACUCUGAAGUUGAGAGUGAUGAUUCUGAUGGAAUCUUUUCUGGGGAAGAUAAAGAGGAUGUUGAUGCUUCCAUCUCGAAGGAAGAUGCUCAUGCGUGGUGGAAGCUGGACUCUCGUUCAGCUUCAUUCUUAUAAGAAGGAGAUAUGAACUGGUGAUUCUUCCAUCCUCAGAAUGCUUUCCUAACGUUGAGGUUUACAAUGCGGAAAGUUGUUAGCUCAGAAUUCUCAGAUCAAAAUUAGUGCAAGAAUUGAUGCAGAUUGAGUCCCAGCAGCCACGCAACGUACUAAAUGAAAAAAGAGAAAAUUAACCUUGUGCCGUAAUAGCUUCCAGAACUUUCAUGAAUUAGGUCCGACGAGAUCCUGGAUUCCUGGUGUUCACUAGUAUUACCAGUAGUGCUUCAUUGAUGGUUCAAAGUAGAAGAUACGAUGCAGCAUUAGGAUUCAUAACUGUUAAUUCUUUUUUUAGUUGAAUUAAGUGAUCAUUGCCAACUUACAUAUUCUUCAUUUAGAAGUAGCUCAAGUCCUUCCUAAGUUGUAGAUAAAAGCCUCAGUCUUUCCAAUUUUUGACUUCGAUACAAGGAAAAAAGAAUGCAAGAAAUGGAUUGCUUGAACCUGACAUUAGAACGUGAGGCGGAACAGAGAACUGAAAAGCUUGUCGUAGGAAACUUGCAGCUCUAGUAAGGAACAAGGUCGGGGUACAACAAUACACAACGAUGUUCAAGCAGUAAAGGACAUUUGGUGAAUUCAAUUGAAGAGCAACAACUACCUACAAGCACCAACAACAGCCAUGAGUAGAAGCCUCAAUUCAAGCAGAAGUAUGUCCUUUUACUGUAUUAUAUUCGACCACGCUUGCAAUAAAUGAACAACAAAGCAAGUACAGAUAUAUUAUGGUACUUCAGCUGAGGUCUCUCUACCUUUACAAGAUAAAAGGUAGGGGCGACGUUACGUACACACGUGACACCACCAUCCCCAGACCUUACUUGUGGGAUUAUACUCGAUAUCUUGUUGAUUUGAGCAACCAACAGUCCUGUACUUUUAAGCUGCUAUCCCUUUUCUUCAGCUGAAAUAGAGGCUGUGAUUGAGACAAACAUCAUUUAUCAUUUUCAUUAGUUAUUUCAUUGAAAAUAUUUUUCUUUUAAUGUAUCACUGAGUUUAGCAAAGUUGUAUAAUAAUUAAUAGCAAGUACUUGGUAAAGAUCUUGGGUUUAGUUUUCUGUA